UGCAGAUAGCAAAUGUAGAGAAGAAAGUGCCAAGUUACUGGGUUGUUUAAUACGAAACUGUGAACGACUAAUACGCCCAUAUAUUGCUCCAAUACACAAGGCACUCGUGGCAAGACUUGAGGGUAAUGGUGUCAAUACAAACAAUGCCAUCAUUACUGGAGUUCUUGUGACUGUUGGAGAUCUUGCUAGAGUGGGUGGUUUCGAAAUGAGACAAUACAUGCCCAAACUUAUGCCCUUAAUUGUUGAAGCUUUAUCGGAUGGAGCAGCUGUUGCCAAACGUGAAGUUGCUGUUACCACUCUUGGUCAAAUUGUGCAGAGCACUGGGUAUGUCAUAACUCCAUAUAAUGAUUUCCCCCUGUUACUUGGCUUACUGUUGAAGUUGCUAAAUGGAGAGUUGGCAUGGUCUACCAGACGCGAAGUGCUAAAGGUUCUCGGAAUUAUGGGUGCCUUGGAUCCUCAUCUACAUAAAAGAAAUCAACUUAGCCUGUCAGGAUCGCAUGGAGAUGUUACCCGUGCUGCCAGUGAUUCUGGUCAGCAUCUCCAGUCGAUGGAUGAACUGCCCAUGGACCUAUGGCCAUCUUUUGCAACAUCUGAAGAUUACUAUUCCACGGUUUCUAUCAAUUCCCUAAUGCGAAUACUUAGGGACCCUUCCCUUUCUAGUUACCACCUAAAGGUUGUUGGAUCUCUUAUGUUCAUAUUUAAGUCAAUGGGGCUCGGUUGCGUUCCAUACUUGCAAAAGGUUCUGCCCGAUCUCUUUCUCAUUGUUCGGACAUGUGACGAUGCCUUAAAGGAUUUUAUAACAUGGAAGCUUGGCACUCUAGUGUCUAUUGUUCGUCAGCACAUACGAAAAUAUCUGCCAGAGCUGCUGUCUUUAAUUUCAGUAUUAUGGUCAUCAUUCAGUUUUCCUGCCGCUAGCCGUCCUUCACUUGGCUAUCCGGUUCUGCAUUUAGUGGAACAGCUUUGCUUGGCUCUCAAUGAUGAGUUCAGAACAUAUCUUCCUAAUAUUCUUCCAUGCUGUAUACAAGUUCUAAGUGAUGCAGAACGCUAUAAUGAUUACACCUAUGUUCUCGACAUACUCCACACUCUUGAAGUCUUCGGUG